AACAAGACUCAAACGUUUGGUUGAUACAGACUAUCAUUUUUUUCAAUAAAAACAAAAAUCUGAAAAUGGCAGGAGAACCAUCUUUGAAAAAAUACAAAAUUUCUAAAGAAUGCAUCUUUGAAAAGUACUGGAACAAACCUGAUGCUGUUGAAGCAUUAAAAGAACUACUUAAAAGUCUUAAAACACCUACUGCAUACUGUUUCGGUUUGCUAAAAAUCCUGAAGUGCAAUGCUCACAAGGGGUUUCCAUUUUCACAAGCAUAUUGCGAAACUAAAACAUACUCAAAAGAAACCAGUGCUGGAGUGUCAUCUAUUGAUGUGUAUCUUUUUUCAACAGUUUUCAAACGUGGCUUUGAAAUGGUCCUGAAUUACACCAUUGACAAAAAUUAUGUUCCUUCUAAUCGCAGAGAUAGAGUUGCGUUGGAAAGGCUGUUGAAUGUAUUGGAUAGUGUGAAAGAUAUUGAAGAAGCAUUGAAAAAUGGCAGAUCCAAAAAAGAAGUUAACUGGACAAUUACAUUAGCUCAUCAUCUUCUUCAACAACUGGCAGUCAAUCAGACAUAUGUUAUUGACAAUGAAAACAAUGGCAGACCAAAAAGGCAGCGGUGUCCUUGCUGUGAACAACCUAUCACAGGACGUUAUAGAGACACAAGUAUUGGGUCUCCAUCUGUGUGGCAUGGGAAUGUAGACCUAAUUAUGGACUCAGAAGUACCUAUCACUAUUGCAGAAGAUGAUGAUGAGGAGAUAUUUGAAGGGAAAAAGUCAUCAUUUAAGACAAGGCUGUCUCAUGAAUUUCCAGCUAGAUACAGGGAUCGGCUUAUUGCUCAGACAAUUGUGUUUUCUUUUCUGGAGAAAAAAGAGAAAACAACAUUUGAAAACUACCUUAUUCCAAGUAUAGGUGUAGAUAAUGGUCAAUUUGUUAUCUUUUUAUACGACAGUGAACAUGAUAUAUUGCUUGAAAGUAAAGUGAUAAAACUGAUCACUCCAUCCGGCAGACUCUUUCAGUCUGCAUUGUUAGCUCUUUGGCUGGUAAUUAAUUAUAGUAUAACGUGCUCUGGAGUAACGGCACAUAUGAAGAGUUGUGGUUUCACCGCUGACUUUCCCAAACAUGUGGGUAAACAACUGAAUACAUAUCAGAAUUGCUUAACUUUUGAAUGUGGUCAUGGAAGUGAAGUAAGAGAGAUGUUUGAGCCAGAUAUUCAUCCCAUUAUAAAUGCACAUUAGAUUAGCUUAUUUCAGACUUUGUUCCUCACAACUUGGAACAAACACAUUUGAAAUAUGUUUGAGCAAAAAUCAAAGGGACUCAAGGAUAAAAAUAUUUUAAUUUCUUUAUUUAUAUCUUGACUUCAAGGGUAUCUGCUUUUUCCUUUUCUUGUCAUGAUUACCUGACGGAUUCAAAAUGAUAGAACUUAACUCAGCUUCAUGCAGUUUGAUCAUGAUAAAACUUUUUUUUGUACAAUAGGAAAAGUUGAAGGAGGCAUUGCUGUAUGUAGCUGAUGACCUGUAGUUUUAAGUGAUUGUUCUCAUGGACCUAGUCUAUAAAUAUAUCUUUAUUUUGGAGUUAAUAAUAAACAUCUGGAUGUGCGGAUACAUGACUGAUGUUGUAUAAUUAUGGUCCUCUGUUAGAACAGCAAUAAACAUGUAUGCUUUA